GCAAAAUGUCACAAAAAUAUCAUAAGUCAAAAAAAUAAAAAAUAGCAUCAUAAUUGUUGCAAUCGGCUGUUCAAUUUAUUGUUUCCGUGGAUCAAAAGCGUAUAACUGGCCUGUGGCCCGACCAAGUUAACGAAAACAACGAAACUGCACGCUUCCAGUAAAGCGACAGAGAACGCCGAGAGAGCGAGCAAGACGCACGGAGAACCCUCCUCCAGCACCAUCCUUCCAGCACACAGACACAGAAGGACUCACGAUGAUCCUCGGGAGGACGAGGAUUAACCUGGGAGCUCUGCUCUUAGGAUUCUGCCUGCUGGCCGCCAUAACGCUGGCCGCGGUGGCCCAGAAGGCGGGCAAACUGACACAGAACCCGUGCGGGGCCAAGGACAAGUGCCACACGUGCAUCCAGACCGAGAGCUGCGCCUGGUGCAUGCAGCCGGACUUCAAGGGACAGUCGCGCUGCUUCCAACACACGAGCAACGUUUGCCCCGAGGAGUUUGUCUGGAAUCCGGACACCUCCGAGCAGAUUCUCCUCAACAAGAACCUUACGCUGGCCGGCACAGCUUCGGCGGCGGGCAUAGGAAUGGGCGCCGGUGGCUAUGGAGCUGGCGGUGCUGGUUAUGGCGCUGGUUCCGCCGGCUAUGGCGGUGCUGGCUAUGGCAUCUCUGGCAGCAGUUCGAGCUCCUAUCACAGCUCAUCCUCCUCCUCCUCGUCCAUGUCCAGUUCCUAUGGCUCGGAAUACUCAGCGGGUUGGUCAUCCAGCGAAAUUGUCCAGAUCAAGCCACAGUCGGUGAAGCUGAAGCUGCGCAUAAACCAAAAGCACGAUCUGAAGGUGAGCUAUACCCAAGCAGAGGGCUAUCCCGUGGAUCUGUACUAUCUUAUGGACCUGUCCAAGUCCAUGGAGGAUGACAAGGAGAAGCUGUCGGCGCUGGGUGAUAAGCUGUCGGAGACAAUGAAGAGUAUUACGUCGAACUUCCGUCUGGGCUUUGGCUCCUUUGUGGAUAAGGUCCUGAUGCCCUAUGUGUCUACGAUACCCAAAAACCUGGUGGAGCCCUGCCCCAAAUGCGAUGCUCCCUAUGGCUAUCGAAACAUCAUGGGCUUGAGCACGGACACAUAUAGAUUCUCUAACGAGGUAAAGGAUGCGGCCGUGUCUGGUAAUCUGGAUGCACCCGAAGGUGGCUUCGAUGCCAUUAUGCAGGCCAUUGCUUGCCGCCAGCAGGUGGGAUGGCGUGAACAGGCCCGUCGUCUGCUCGUCUUCUCCACGGAUGCAGGCUUCCACUAUGCCGGCGAUGGCAAAUUGGGCGGUGUGAUUGCACCCAACGAUGGUGAAUGUCAUCUGAAUCCCCAGGGCAUGUACACGCACUCAACGGUACAGGAUUAUCCCAGCAUAUCGCAGAUCAAUCAGAAGGUCAAGGAGAAUGCCAUCAAUAUUAUCUUUGCUGUUACCCGCAAUCAGAUCUCUGUCUACGAGAAGCUCGUCGGUCACAUUCAGGGCUCCUCGGCGGCGGUGCUGUCCAACGAUUCGUCCAAUGUGGUGGAUCUGGUCAAGGAGGAAUAUGCUAAAAUCUCCUCAUCGGUGGAGAUGAAGGACAAUGCCACUGGCGAUGUAAAAAUCACCUAUUUCUCAUCCUGCUUGGGCGGCGGACCCGAGCUGCAGACCUCCAAAUGUGACAACCUGACGGUGGGCCAACAGGUUAGCUUCACCGCUCAGAUACAGGUGCUCAAGUGCCCCGAGGAUCCGCGCGAUUGGAACCAAUACAUUCAAAUCUAUCCCGUGGGCAUUAACGAGAGCAUGCUCAUCCAUUUGGAAAUGCUUUGCGCGUGUCCAUGCGAACAGCCCGGCUCCACCGGUUAUGAGAAACAUUCGCGGCACUGCAACAACUUUGGUACCUUCAUGUGCGGCAUCUGUGACUGCGAUGAGCAUCAUUUUGGAAAUAGCUGCGAGUGCUCCGUCUCGGAUAUGAAUUCCACCAUAAACAACGAUGCCAGCUGUCGGGCGGAUAAUACAACGACGACGGACUGCUCUGGCCGUGGCAAUUGCGUGUGCGGCUCCUGCGAGUGCUUCAAGCGAACCAAUCCCGACGAGGUCGUCUCUGGCAAGCUUUGUGAGUGCGAUAACUUUAGCUGCGAACGGAAUAAGAACCAAUUGUGCUCCGGCCCGGACAAUGGCAUCUGUGACUGCGGACGUUGCAUCUGUAAGCCCGGCUGGACGGGCACCAGUUGCGCCUGCAAGGCCUCCAAUGAUACCUGUAUGCCACCCGGUGGCGGUGAGAUCUGCUCCGGUCACGGCACCUGCGAGUGUGGCGUCUGCAAGUGCACGGUGAAUGAUCAGGGUCGCUAUUCGGGUCGUCAUUGUGAGAAGUGCCCGACGUGCUCGGGUCGGUGUCAGGAGCUAAAAGACUGCGUCCAGUGCCAAAUGUAUCAUACGGGCGUCCUCAAGAACGUCGACGAUUGUGCCCGCAACUGUACGGCAUUUACGCCCGUUGGGGUGGACAAGGUGGUGAUCGAUGAGCACAAGGAUGAGCAGAUGUGCACGUUCUUCGACGAGGAUGACUGCAAGUUCAUGUUCAAGUACAGCGAGCAGGGCGACCUCAUUGUCCAUGCCCAGGAGGAGAAGGAAUGCCCGCCCAAGGUUUUUAUGCUGGGCAUCGUUCUCGGCGUCAUAGCAGCCAUCGUUCUGGUCGGUUUGGCCAUUCUGCUGCUGUGGAAGCUGCUCACGACCAUCCAUGAUCGCCGAGAGUUUGCCCGCUUCGAGAAGGAGCGCAUGAACGCCAAGUGGGAUACGGGCGAGAAUCCUAUCUACAAGCAGGCCACCUCCACCUUCAAGAACCCCAUGUACGCGGGAAAAUAAAUAACAACUUAAAAAUCAAAGGCGGAACAUGAACAUCUCUAAGCUAAAAAUUAGUGAAAAAUUACGUGUGUCGUCGUCGUGUCUGUGCUUUUGAAGAAACUAACAGGAAACCAGGAAAACCCCCCACAACAGCCAAUAUAUAUAUAUAUAUUAUAUGUUCAGAACCGAUACCGAAACGACGAAGGGUGCAAGAACCACGAAAGUCAAACUGCCAUUGAAAACGCCUUCUAAACUAAGUCAGUCCCCCAUAUAGUAUAUAUAUUUAAUAUAUAUAUAUACACUGAACGAGCAAAACGAUUUGUGCCUUGCAAAAACAUAUAUAUUUUAGACUUUAUAUAUAUAUAUAUCUAUAUACAAGAGCUUCCAGCAGGAGGACAACGCACAACAAAGCUACACACGAUACAAAAACACACACACAACACACAAGAAGCGCCAGCAAACGAUUAUGAAUUAUGUAUGAUUUUGUGUUCUUUUUUUGUUAGUUUGUAUUUUAUUUUAUUUUUGUACGCGUAUCUUUUUGUUUAAAAGAAAAUUCAAGAAUUAAUGGAUGGCCCCUGUUCCCAUCCGAGUCCCCCUCUUAACCUUUUCCUUCCCUGUAUUUGUUUUAUAUUAAAAAAGAAACACAAUCUAACUUUAAAAAUUAAUAUUUAAGCGUAUUAACAUUUAAGCUUGUAAUUGUUAAUUGUAGCCGCCUUUUUUAUUUAAUCAUUUUUAUAAUAAUUAUU